AUGCCCAACAUUGUCAGGUAUAAAAUGGUGUACACAAGAACGGAAAUUCGAAUGGCUAGGAUGGCAAGAAAAGCCAGCAACUUCUACGUACCCACUGAACCCAAAUUGGCAUUUGUCAUCGGGAUCAGAGGUAUCAGUGGUGUGAGCCCAAAGGUCCGACAGGUGUUACAGCUUCUUCGCCUCCAUCAGAUCUUCAGUGGCACCUUUGUGAAGCUCAACAAGGCUUCAAUUAACAUGCUGAGAAUUGUGGAACUGUACAUUGCGUGGGAGUACCCAAACCUGAAGUCAGUAAAUGAACUGAUCUACAAGUGUGAUUAUGGCAAAAUCGGCAAGAAGCGAAUUGCCCUGAUGGAUAACACGUUCAUUGCCCGAUCUCUUGGCAAAUAUGGUAUUAUCUGCAUGGAGGAGCUGAUUCAUGAGAUCUAUACUGUUGGAAAACGUUUCAAAGAAGCAAACAACUUCCUGUGGCCCUUCAAAUUGUCUUCUCCACGAGGUGGAAUGAAGAAAAAGACCACCCAUUUUGUAGAAGGUGGAGAUGCUCGCAACAGGGAAGGCCAGAUCAACAGGCUUAUUAGAAGGAUGAACUAAGGUAUCUACCACGAUUAUUUUUGUAAUCUGGUCAGUUAAUAAACAGUGACUGCUUUCAAAUUGAAAUUAAAUAAAGAAGGAAAAUAAAAUGGUGUACAUAGUAUAACAAAAAGCAUAUAGGUAGGCAGUCGAUCUAUACAUAUUUGCUUGCAAUUGCGUGGAAUCUCCCUGGAAGAAUACGUGAGAAACUUAUAAAAAGCCAUGAUAGGUAACAGUGCUCUUCUGAGCCCUAUUGGAGCUUAACGCAAAAGGAAAAAUCUGUAAUACUGACCUUGUUUUUAUUUGAAAUUUUGAUAUUUUUGUUUGUCAUGGAUUUUUUUCCAUUAAAUUUUAAACUUCCAUUAAUUUUGGUUUUAAAGUAUUACAUAAAAACAAUAUCUCGAUUACUGAGGUUUGAGGCACCCCCUUUGCAUUGUGGGCCCAAGAUGGGUGAGGGACCUCUUCACCCUAGUCUUGGUUCUCACUCCCCUUUCAUACUGUUUGACUUUAUUUUCACCACAUACAAAUAUGGCUUAUUCAAAAAUAGGGGAAAAAUGCAUUUAGCCACAAGUGGUAUUUGGAACCCUUCGCGAUCGCGGUUCUUAGUCUUUUGGGGGUUAUAGAUCCCACAGAGAAUCUGAUGAAACUACAAACUCUGCACAUACAAACUAUAUUCUGCAUUUAAUUUCAAG